AUGGGUUUGGGCAGACCUAAUUGGUCUAGAUUGGGGGGUUGUAGUGGUGUUAAUUUAGUUACAAUGAAGAUUAUGUCUUGGAAUGUGAGAGGACUGGGUAGGUCAGAUAAACGGAGUAGAGUUAAGCUUCUUAUUAACAAAAGGGAAGUGGAUGUGUUGCUCCUUCAAGAAACUAAGAGGAGUAAUAUUGACGAAGCUUUUUCUAGAUCUAUUUGGCCAUGGGAAAAAAUGGAGUUUAUGGCUGUAGACUCGGAUGGGAGUGCUAGGGGGUUGCUGAGCAUUUGGAAUCCAAAUGUCUUCUUGUUAUCGGACUGCUAUUGCAACAGGAAUUUUCUGCUGCUCUCAAGUACUUCUACUGUCUCUUUUGAGUGUGUGUUUGUAAAUAUAUAUGCCCCUAAUGAUGUGGUGAAGAGAGCUAAGCUCUGGGAAUUCAUUAUUAGUAUAAGAUCAUUUUUCCAAAAGCCUUGGUGUAAGGGAGGUGAUUACAAUGAGAUUAGAUUUGUUGCCGAAAGAAGAGGAUGUACUAGGAGAGAUAAAGGGAUGCAGGAUUUUUAUAAUUUUGUGGACAAAUUGGAAAUGGUGGAUAUACCAAUGUUGGGCAGAAGUUUUACUUGGAGUAAUUCAGUUAAGGGUGAGAGAUGGAGUAAAAUCGAUAGGUUUUUAUUGGAUCCUAGUUGGCUGGAAAAAUUCAAAUUCAAGUUAUGGGGCUUGCCUAGAAUAGUAUCUGACCAUUGUCCUUUGUUGUUAAAAGAGGAUGAGAGAAAUUGGGAUCCUAGGCCAUUCAGGUUCUUAAAUGCCUGGCUUUUACACCCAAGUUUCACAGCUAAUGUGCAAAGAUCAUGGGUGGAUGUGCAAGUGCAAGGGUGGGCUGGGUCUAGAGUAAAGAUGAAAUUUAGGCUUAAAGAUGAGUUGAAAAGAUGGAACACUGAAGUGUUUGGUUGUGUGGAGAAUCAACUAAAAAAGGCUGAAAAUGAGUUGCAUGAGUAUGAUUUGUUAGCAGAAUCAAGGCUGCUAGACUCACAGGAAACUGCAAGAAGAAGGGUGUUGAGAAAUUUGGUGUGGUCAUUAAGAAAGAAAAAGGAUUCCAUAUGGUUCCAGAAAUCCAGGUUGAACUGGGCUCAAAAUGGGGAUGGAAAUACUAGGUUUUUUCAUUUAAUUGCUAGUCAAAGAUAA